AUGGCAACGAAUAAAAAAUCAACAAAUCUAUUCAAUACAUCAGCUGAAUCUUCUACAACACAAAUAAAACCACGUACACUUAAUUCUAAUCGUCCAAAUGUUUCAACGAAGCCGAAAUCUUCUGCUACUUAUUCAACAUCAACUACACGUCCUACAACAUCUCAUCGUUCUAAUUAUCAACAACAACAACAGCAAAAUGCUCAAUUUCUAUAUGUUGUUAAUACACCCACACCAUCUCAUCAACCAGUUUCACCUCAGAUAGCCAAUACUUAUUUCAAUCCUUCACCACAACAACAACCAAUUCUUCCUCGUCCACAAUAUCAAUAUGGACAUUUUCUUGCUCAUCUUCGAAGGCAAUCAUUAGCACGUACACGUCGUAAACAACAACAAGAACAAGGAAAUGCAGACAAUAUUGAAACAACAAUAACUUACAAUUUAAAUAGAAAUCAAACAUCACAAUCAUUUCAAUCACCAUCAAGUUAUUCUCUUACUUCAUUAACAACAGAUUCAUUAUCAAUACCAGCAAUAUCUAUAACAGCAAAACGAGCUGGACGACCUUUAUCAACUUAUCGUCAAUUUCAACGUUCAAUAAAAAAUUUUCGUUUAAAUUCAGUUCAACAAUCUCCAUCAUUAUCAUCGAAAAAUUUAACUGAAAAUCCAUUAUUAUCUUUACAAUCUUCAUCAUUAUUAAUAACACCUAGAAAUUCCGUUGUAGAUGAUACGGGUACAUCUACAAUAGUAAAACCUUCUUAUGAUCUUCAUUUAAAUGAUGAUAUGCUUAAUUAUUGUUAUGUAAGUGGUGAUAGUGGAGUUAAAUAUCAAGGACAAAUGUUUCCGACAGCUUUUUAA